AUGAAAGCACCAACUCCAAGAGUCAUUUUCGUGCGCCACGGCCAGACUGAAUGGUCAAAGUCGGGUCAGCACACUUCAGUCACAGACUUGGACCUCACACCGUUUGGAGUGAUCCAAAUGGAGAAGACGGGCCACUCGUUGAUAGGCCACGAGCACUAUCAGAUGAUUAAGCCAGAGAACUUGAAGCACAUAGUCUCUUCUCCAAGAACCAGGGCCCAGCAUACAGUUCAGCUCUUACUUUCUGGUUUGACUGAAGACGAAAGGAAGGCCAUCCAGAUCUCGGUCGAUGAAGAUAUCAGAGAGUGGGAGUACGGUGACUACGAGGGAUUGUUGACCCAGCAGAUCAAAGAUUUGCGCAAGGAAAGAGGGCUUGAUAAGGAUCAGACUUGGAACAUCUGGAGAGACGGCUGUGAAAAUGGUGAAACGUAUGUGGAGGUCACCAAGAGAGUGGACAGAAUGAUAGAGAAGAUCAGAGCGAUCCACAAGAAGGCUCUUGAUGCUGAGGAGCCAUGCGACGUUCUCGUUGUCGGCCAUGGUCACAUUUUGCGCUGUUUUGCUGCUCGUUGGGUCAACCAGCCGAUCAACACCAACCCCAACUACAUGUUGGAUGCCGGUGGAGUAGGUGUGUUGAGCUACCAGCAUCGCAACAUCAAUGAGCCAGCAUUGUACUUGGCUGGAGCCUUCACAGUACCAGUAGAGGAAAAGAGUGCAGACUUGUAG